UGGAUACCUUUUCAGGGGCUACCCUAUAUAUAAGGAUGGCAGUGUACUGCAAACACCAGCACGCUGCUCUACCUUCGCCCUCACUGCUGCACAACGCCCUUCUCCAGACUUCACCAUGUGUGACGACGAUGAGACCACUGCAUUGGUCUGUGACAAUGGCUCCGGACUGGUGAAAGCUGGCUUUGCUGGAGAUGAUGCUCCCCGAGCUGUCUUCCCUUCCAUUGUGGGACGUCCUCGUCACCAGGGUGUCAUGGUCGGUAUGGGACAGAAGGAUUCCUAUGUUGGAGAUGAGGCACAGAGCAAAAGGGGUAUCCUGACUCUGAAGUACCCAAUUGAGCACGGUAUUAUCACCAACUGGGAUGACAUGGAGAAGAUCUGGCACCAUACCUUCUACAAUGAACUGCGUGUAGCCCCAGAGGAACACCCCACAUUGCUCACUGAGGCUCCCCUCAACCCCAAGGCCAAUCGUGAGAAGAUGACUCAGAUCAUGUUUGAAACCUUUAACGUCCCUGCAAUGUAUGUGGCUAUUCAAGCUGUCCUCUCUCUGUAUGCCUCUGGCCGUACCACUGGUAUUGUUCUGGACUCUGGAGAUGGUGUGACACACAAUGUGCCCAUUUAUGAGGGGUAUGCCCUGCCCCAUGCCAUCCAACGUCUGGACUUGGCUGGCAGAGAUUUGACGGACUACCUCAUGAAAAUCCUGACUGAGAGAGGUUACUCUUUCGUCACCACAGCUGAGCGUGAAAUUGUAAGAGACAUUAAGGAGAAGCUGGCAUACGUAGCUCUGGACUUCGAGAAUGAGAUGGCGACAGCUGCCUCCUCAUCCUCCCUGGAAAAAAGCUAUGAGCUCCCCGACGGACAAGUCAUUACUAUUGGAAAUGAAAGGUUCCGCUGCCCUGAGACACUUUUCCAGCCAUCUUUUAUUGGUAUGGAAUCUGCUGGUAUCCAUGAGACCACAUACAACUCCAUCAUGAAGUGUGACAUUGAUAUCCGUAAGGACCUUUAUGCCAACAAUGUGCUGUCUGGUGGUACCACCAUGUACCCUGGUAUUGCUGACCGUAUGCAAAAGGAAAUUACAGCUCUUGCUCCUAGCACCAUGAAGAUCAAGAUUAUUGCUCCCCCUGAGCGUAAAUACUCUGUCUGGAUUGGUGGUUCCAUUUUGGCCUCUCUGUCCACCUUCCAACAGAUGUGGAUCAGCAAACAGGAGUAUGAUGAAGCAGGUCCCUCCAUCGUACACAGGAAGUGCUUCUAAUUUUAAUAUAUGUGCUAAAACUUUAGCCAUUGUGAUGUUCACAAAACUACACAAAAUAAAUUAUGCAAAAACAUCAA